AUGCUCAAAAAAAGCAUCGACGCCAAAGUUCGUCCUCUCGCCAACGUCAGUCUUGAAAGAGCAAGUCUCCUCGGGGCUUCCCGCGUCUAUGUUAGUAAGGAUUCUCUCAUCUCUUUGACUGGAAGCCUCGACAGCGGCCGGCCAUGCAUCAUCGAGAAGCUGCAAACAGAUGACGCCUCUGGCGAGGGGCCUGCAGCAGGAAAUGCAGACGCAAGCAAGCGGCGGGAAGCCUCUCUGUGGGUUCUCCCUGAAAAGAACGUCAGCCCCAACGUUGUCAUGAUGACAAGAGCAUUCCAGGAGGCUACAGGGUUCAAGCUGGGAGACGUGGUCAGAAUCACACUUGCGGAGAAUCCUGUGGUCCCAGAUGCGGAUGAAGUGGUGGUUCAGGAUACCACCAGCGAGGCAGAUCAGCAGAAGGAUGCCGCUGCGAAAGCAAAACAUCCCCCGUCUUGGGAGUUCUCCAUCAGCAUCUCCCUUGAUCGUGCGGAGCAGGUAUUUCCCGGCAUGGUCCUCGAGGGUGUCAGCAUCAACAAGCUGCGUCGGACGUUCAAAGUCGUGUCAGUCAAUGGACAGUCCAACAACAUGGCCCGCUUUCAGCUCGCCUCAUCAACGGUACGAAUACUUCAGCCCGGGGAAAGCAAGGAUGCGCCCGAAGAUGCGCAGGUGGCUACAACUCAAUCUGGCCCUUUAUCGGUCACUGGAGUCCCCGGUCUGACCUCACAAGUCAAUGUUAUCAACCAGUUUCUCAGAGGGUUUGGCCGGCCGUUCUGGAUAAAGAACGAGCGCGAGUCUUGCGGCUUCGUGAUACACGGCGGUCACGGCACAGGCAAGACGUUUAUCCUGCAGCGCAUUGCGGCCACCAACUGGGGACGUGUCCAUUGGAUCAGGUCCACAGACAAGCUGUCCUCUAUUAGGGAGACGUUCAAGCUGGCUCAGUCUCAGCAGCCAAGUCUCCUCUUCAUCGAUGGCCUCGAGGACAUUCUCGCCAAAGAACGAUCCAACCGUGAUAGUGUCAUCGAGGCUCUAGGCGAGGAGCUCGACAAUCUUUCUGCGGCGGCCGCUGCUGCCAAUGCUCUGCCCCAAGUUGUGGUCAUCGCCACUUGUCUAGACUACUUGGCAGAUGUGCCAGCGAAGCUCCAGAAGCGCUCCCGUUUCCGAGAAAACGUCGCCUUGCCAAUUCCUCGCGCAACCGAGCGUCUGGAAAUACUACGCUUUUUCGACCCCCCAAUCCAGGCCGAAGAGAAGGAAGCCUGCCUGGCCAGUCUGGCAUCCAAGACUCACGCAUACAACGGAGAUGAUCUUGCAAACCUGGUCCUGAAUGCCAAGAAGAUCCUCGGUAACAGACUGGACGACGAGGCUGCCGCCAUCACCACUGGCAAUGCCGGCACGGAGGCUGCUGGCAACAUCACUUCAGAAACACAGCAACCGCGAGAGCACUACCUUACCUCGCAGGACAUGGAGCAAGCCCUGCGCAUCACUCGUCCCACGGCUAUGCAUGACAUCAACUUGAAGCCACCCACCAUCCAUUGGCGCGAUGUGGGCGGUCAAGCGUCCCUCAAAAAGGUUCUGUCGCGCAUGAUAAAGAAUACAAAGGACACCAAUCCCUCUUCUCGUCAUGUCCUCCGACAGCCCCCCAAAGGUCUGCUUCUCUAUGGCCCUCCUGGCUGCUCCAAGACGUUGUCCGCCCAGGCCAUGGCUACCGAAUCCUCCUUCAACUUCUUCGCUGUCAAGGGUGCCGAACUCCUCAACAUGUACGUGGGCGAGUCUGAGCGUGCCGUGCGUACGCUUUUCGAGCGCGCGCGCGCUGCUGCCCCCUCCAUCAUCUUCUUUGACGAGAUUGACUCAAUCGGUGGCUCCCGGACCGGAGGCAAUGGCGCCGCCGCCGCCCGCAGCUCAGGUUCCGUCAACAUGCUGACCACUCUCCUUACGGAGAUGGACGGCUUUGAAUCCCUCACUGGCGUCCUCGUCCUCGCCGCCACGAACCGGCCCGAGGCCAUGGACCCGGCCCUCCUUCGUCCCGGCCGCUUUGACCAGAUCCUCUACGUAGGACCCCCUGAUCUCUCCGCCAGAGAAGAUGUCUUCAGUGUGCAUCUGCGUGGGCUCGCCCUUGCGGCGGACGUGGAUAUUACUGAACUGGCCCGCAUCACAGACGGCUAUUCGGGAGCCGAGAUCAAGGCCAUCUGCAACGAGGCCGGUCUGGCAGUGCUUGACAGAUGCGACGAGGAUGAAACUGGCACCGAAAAGAUGGAGAUUCGAAUGGCGGAUCUGGAGGCCGCCAUCGAAAAGACUCCGAGAAACAUUACGCCCAUGAUGAUUUCGGGUUACGAAAUGUGGUCAAGGCAGUUCAAACGAUCAUGA